AUGAAGUUCUUGUGGAUGUUGUUGCUCUUGCUGAGCUUUUGGCACGGGGUUCGCUGUCAGUUGCAGUGCAAUGCUGGGUCCAGUGCGCGGCAAAAGCGCAUUGUCAUACGAAAUCCGGGAGCUGGGGAGCUGAGCAAGCUGGAUAGCUGCCACUAUGAGGUAGCGCCAUGGAGCGCACAGGUCUGUCAAGUGCGCAUCGAUUUCGAGCGCUUGGAGCUGGCGCAGCCCACGCUCAAUGCCAGCACGCAGCUGCUGGAGUGCGUCGAUUUUGUGCAGGUGCAGCGUUUUCAGCUCUGCGGCCGCAACAACGGACAGCAUUUGUACGUGCAGCUGCAGCGCGGCCAGACACUCAAAUUGCACUUCAACUUGGUCAGCCACUCAGCGCAGUCCACGUGGCAGCUGACGCUAACACAAAUCGAGUGUCUGCAGCAUACGCAGCAGCCAGCUGCAGCAGCGGCAGUCAGUGCUCCCCAGUUGCCGACUGUGCGACCUCUGCUGCCCUUCCUGAGCAAUUUGCUGCCACGCACCAUAUUUGGUGGCAGCGCCGCUGGUGGCCCAGCAGCUCAGCUGCUGCAGACACUGACAGCACCCUCUCCAGCGGAUCUGGAACUGUUGGCGCCACUCGGCUGUGAUCAGUACUGGCGCAGUUCGUCGGGCGGCAUUGUCAGCUUCAAUUUUGCCAGUGGCCCAUAUAUGCCUAACAUGAAGUAUGCCAUAUGCGUGGCAGGUGGUGCUGAUCGGGAAAUCAGCUACAAGAUUGAACACUUUGCCCUAUCGAAAUUCAAUGAUGCACCUGGCCCCGGCUACGACACGGACUGCCAUAGCACUGUGCGCACCUUGGGGCGUGCUUCGGACUAUCUGCUAAUAGCCAACUCAUAUGUGGCCAAUAAUCAAGCACUGCAGCCCACCUACUACUGCGGCAAUGGACUCGCCGGCAGCAAACUAAUCGCACGGCCGCCAUUUGUCAUUCACUUCUCCAGCGAUGCACAGACAACUGCAACCGAAACGGGCUUCCAAUUGACAUAUGCCGUGACACAAACAGUCUAA